CUGUGUGGGUAUCCUUUUGCGCGGAAACAAGAUGGCGGCCUUCAUAGACACAAGUCGCGCACUCCAAAUUUGCAAGACUAGCUUCAAUGAUAAAUGAAAUGAAACAUAAGCUAUUAAAGAGUGUCUGGCAACAACCUUGGCAGGAAAUUAUCACGUAUAAUACGAUAUCCAUGAUAAUCGUGUUUGUUUGGGAAGCACGGGUGGCCUAGUGUGUUAGCGCGUCGGCCUCUCACCGCUGUGGCCCAGGUUCGAAUCCUGGCUCAAACUGGGGAUUUUUUCCGGGUUCCUGCCUUGAAUCGAAUUUGUCACAAGACCGGUUUGCUAUUCACCAGAAGUACUUCGAGGAGCUGAUAGAAGAGCAUUCUGUCUUUAGAAAUCUUCUAUUCUCGAUCAAAAUGGAGUAUGAAGAGUGCAUUGAUACCAUCCAGAGAGGGCAAAGGGAGCUUUCCUUCUUAUCUCAAAAACUAGCACAAGCAGUAGGUGCAAUACCAACUCUGAGAAAUUAUGUCGCAAGAAGAGAGGAUCUUGAAAAGAAGAUAAGGGUUUUAGAGGAAGAGAAAGUUAGAAUUCAUGGCAUCAUAACUUCAAGAGACCUAGUGGAGAUGGAUGAUAAAACAACCCUUGGAGAAAAUGAGAUACCUUUAUCAUCCAUUGCCAGGACUGCCCCCCGAAUACCUGGCCUUACUCUAGACAGUCAGUUAGAUGUAGCAUUCCUGAAAAAGAAGCUGUCUUCAUUAGUCACAAAGCAUCAGAGACUUCUUAGAGAACACAAAGAAAGGUUUUCAAAAUCUGAGGUAGAAAAAGAGCUUUUAGAAUGUCUGUUAGAAAAGGAGAAAGUGAAGACAAGUCUAGAAGCUGAGACAAACAAACUGAAAAUUCGAUUGAUUACACUGAAGGCAUCUCUCACAUACUCAGUAAACCAGAUGAGUUACAGAAGAAACCAGUUCUUUGACAAGAUUGUGACUCUGUUGAGUGAUGAACCUGAUUUUGAGGAGGAGCCAGGGGAUGUGAAAGAAAAUCCUGAACAAAUUGAUGAUGGCAAUUUGUCGACAGCAACAAUCACAAACUCGGAACUGGAGGAUUCCGACCAAAAUGAGGAGGAGCUCAUAAUUGAGUACACUGCAAGGAUGAGAGUGCUUUUCCAGCAAGGAGAGAUAGAAGAAGCUGCUUUGCUUGUUGCUCACUCCCCAAAGGGGUGCCUCAGAGAGCAGCACAUCUUGGGCAUGCUGAAGUCACAUGAUGAUCCAAAAGGUGGAAGACACAUUAUGCGCCUUUAUUGGGACUCACUUUUGGUCUCGCUGCAACUACAGAAACAAAGACUUUUUUCGUGGGAAUCAAUAGAGUAUGUGACAUUCGCCGUUAACAAUGACCAAAAGCAACAGUUAAGACACUGGAUGGCACAAAACGUGUUGGAGAUAACAAAAGACGUAGCAAAGAUCCUUGUCGAUAGCUCCUGUUGGGAGCAUAAUGGGUGCGUCUGUGGCUUGUGUGCGCUAGCCCAAGUGGCAUUCGAGAAGAUUUCCUGCCAUCGGGAGGUCAUGACUUGCUUGCUGCGGCAGGGCAGGUACUACGGUGCCAUGAAUUACGCAAGCAAGCACUUAAGCCAUGCAGAAAUCAUCGACUUCUUCCGUCAUUGCGACAUAGAAGAGGUCUCCCGAAAGCUGCAAAACCAAGAAGAGCCCUUCAAUGCCGUGUUUACGGUCGAGCAGGUAAUCUCCAUUUUGAUGGGCAAUGAGGAUACCUCAGUGGCAACAAACUUUGUAAAGCAUGUCACAGAACAAGGAUAUCAAAUCCAGUCCAGAGGGAUUGAAAAGCCUGCCAUCACAGAUACCGACAGGGAAACCCACAUAAAGUGGCUCUAUUUCUGCAAUUCACUUCUCAAACAAGGAUUUAAAGAAAUUGCGGAGGAGCUGUUUGCCUACCUCGUGGUUAAAGACUGCAUCCAGACUGCCAAAAAGAUGUUUAUCAUCAAACACAUCAUGCUGGGAAUACGAUAGUUGCCUUGGAUUAGAAGAUCCCCAUGGAUGGAUGGAUUUAGAUAUUAGUAUACGGUGCAACGUCGAAAAGAAAAGAGGUUUUACAAAAAUGAUGUUAUGAAGCCAUUUUUAACUUUUUGGCGCACAAAAGCAUACCUUUUCUUUAUAUUUCUUUUGUUAGUAUCUGGUAUGUGAAGUUUGGUCCAAUAUCCGGUCACGAUAGUGGGGAUUUAAAUUCACCUAUUUCAAAAAAGGUCGCACUCGAGAAUCCAUGUGUCGUAACCCGCGGUGGUUCAUGGGUAGCGUAUAAACGCCUGAGUCCUUGUAUCUGAAAGCUAUGUGAAUGUUCAUAAGAACAUAAACAAGAUUCUACUGCUUUUGAAACAUGGAUUUGAAUCAAACCUCGCCGAAGCGGUUACUGGAGAAAAGCAGCAUGACUAGUUAUAUCCUCAAAUCAAUCAGCGCCAUUGUAUGUAUAGAUAUCAUUGCAUAUACUUGAUAUACAAAUAAGUCUAGAGAGACAGCUUCUAGAUGAUUCUGAAAGUGUCUAACUAAGCUGCUGUUUACCUAAUUAAAAAAUCCACUCAUAAUA